AUGUCUACUGCUUUAAGUGUGUCGCCAAGUUCUACGAAAACGCCCCAGUUUGCAAUUUCUUGGUAUUUCCAUGUCAUUGCAACUCUUGCGGGUACUUUAGAUCAGAAAAAUAGAUGGGAUUGCCAUUGUGCCAAAAAUAACUGCUCAGAACAAGCAUGUUUGAACUAUGACCUCAGUUCCAUGGGCUGGUUUGGUGAAUCAUGUAAAUAUAGAGAUCUGGGUGUGCUGGCCAACAUGGGGGACGAUGUCCUGAAUGACAACAACGACAGCACCUGUGUGAAACAGAACAGUGUUACCAUAGAUUGGCAGCACGAGCUACAAGCUGUCACGUGGGUUAGACUGGUCUUUACGAACAAUGAUGACAUAGCUGACGUAGAAGCACUUUAUUUUGAAGAUCAAAAUUCCGAGCCUUAUGAAACUUGUGGCCAUCAUUAUCUAAAAAUUCACAAAACAGGAAACACAGCAAUCGAUCUCCAUUGUGUCAACUCUUUCUUUAUUCGUUUAUUGAAAGUGUCUUGGAAUAGUGACAGUCCUCUAUGUUCUGUCUAUGUCAGUGGAGGACGAAAUGUAGCUCCUGGGUCGAGACAAGGGAAAUGGAAUAUACAAGAUAAGAGACCUACAUCUAUUGGCACACUAAAAGACGGUCAUUAUGAAAACAAAGGCUGCCUAAUGAUGAUCUCCAACGUAACGUUACAACUAUUUUUCUGGAAAAGCAUUUUCUCGUAUGAAAUCCGAUUGUUCACAGACCCUAGGGUCUACUAUAUACUCCACUACAACCUCCCUGUUUAA